AUGAUUAAUGCUUUGAAUUUUUUUGAACUUCGUUGUAGACGUAUGACCAUGGGUAAUAAUAACCAAAAUAUGUUACAUCGUUCAUCUGUCUUUGUACCUUUUGAGUCUCUUACACAACAAAUUAUCGAAUCUGUAGUUUCAGUUGCAACAACAUUUCGUAAACCUGGUUUUAAUUACGGUGAACGUACGAUUCUUAUAUUUUUGCUUGAAAUAAAGAAAAAACUAAAAGAGAUUGAAAAAAAAAUUCAAGAAAAUAGCACAGGGAUAGAUCAACAAGUGAUUCAACAUGUACAAAAUGUUCAACAAUGGCUCGUGGAUAUAAAUAGACAACCAUUAAAUUGGGCAGAACUUGAAAAGAAAUAUAGUAAGAUUGCUGAUCAAAAUUGUGAUCAAAUGGCUCGUUAUUACGGAUCUAAUACUGCUGAACCUUAUUUUGAAUUAAAAGUCAAAACUCGAUAUGCUAGUGUACUGCAAUCGCGUGAGUAUAUGAAGAAGUUUCGAAAAAAUGGAUUUCAUUCAAAAGAACUUAAACUCUACUGGAAUGUAAAUCAAAUUGAAAAUCUUUGCCCUGAAUCAAGCGGAAAAAUUCCAUAUGAUCCAUCAGAUGAGGAUGCUGUUGAAAAUCUUCGUCAAUUUCCUGUUAGUGAACGAAAUCAUAAUGGUAGAAUAACUUACGUAACAAAUGGCAUUGAAAAAGCAGUUUUUGAUGUACCAGAAAAUGCUCAAAUUAUUCUUUUGAAUUUUGCAAAUGAACAAUCUCCAGGUGGUGGAUAUUUAAGGCAUGCACGAGCACAAGAAGAAGUUCUUCUUUAUAAUUCUGAUGGUUACCGUGCAUUACUUGAUCUAAAAUAUGGACGUAUGAAUGGUGGUUAUGCAAUACCUGAAUUUGGAUUAGCUUAUGUUCGUAAUAUUCGAAUUUUUAAAUCGUCAUCAUCGAAUGAAUAUCGAAAAGCUGAUACGUUAGUAUCUGCUUGUUAUUGUAUGGCUGGACAUGAACUUUAUCAAAAUCCAAGAAACAAAGAUGAUUGGGAGAAAAAGAAUUUAGCAAAAUUUCGUGCGUUUAUAGCAGCAGCUGUUGCCAAUACAAUUGGUGAUGGAAAAAACACGUAUCUUCUACUUGGACCCAUUGGUACUGGGGCAUUUGGAAAUGAUGUUAAGCGUAUUGGUGAAGUUUUUCGAAAGGCACUUAACUCACCAAUGAUGGGUUCGAAAGGAUUAAUAAGAUAUUCUUUUGAACAUAUUUGGUUUGUUUCGAUUGAUCAAUGGAAAAAUGAGGAAUUCAAGAAGAUCUUUGAUAAAGAUGAAUUUGGGAACAAUUAA